AAAAAGCAGGUAGGAGUACGUGCAAGUGUAUCCUUUUAAUGUACCUUGGAGAAAAAUCACGAAAAGCGCGUUCAGUAGCUCUCGUCACUUCGAACAUUGUGCUACUGGAUAAUUGGAACUAGAAAUGGAAAAUGCUGCAUUCGAUUCUUCGGAUGAAACAUCUAAAGGCGAAUGUUUGGCGGACCGAAAACCCAAUCCAGCGGCGGCGGAUGGUUUGGAAUUGAAACGCAAAGUAGGACUAUUCAGCGGGGUAGCACUGAUCGUCGGCAACAUGAUAGGUUCUGGGAUCUUUAUUAGUCCCGGCGGAGUUUUGCAAAGAUCUGGCUCGGUUGGACUCGCCUUAGUUAUGUGGGCGGCAUGCGGUCUUUUGGCCAUCUUAGGUUCGCUAUCUUACGCUGAACUGGGGACCUUAAUCCCUAAAUCGGGUGGAGAAUAUUCUUAUUACGUUGACGGACUGAGUCCAUUGCAUCCAUUCUGGGGCCCAUUACCCGCUUUCCUUUAUUCUUGGAUCAGCGUUUUAUUAUUGCGACCUACUACAUUUGCUGUUGGUUGCCUAAGUUGCGCCAGUUACACUGUCUAUCCGAUUUUGACAUCGUUGGGUUUCUGUCUCGACGUCGAAAUGGAAGAUUUGCUGAUCAAAAUGACUGCCAUCUUAUAUAUAGGUUUAAUCACAGCUCUCAAUUGCUACAGCGUUGACUGGACAAUUCGAGUUCAGAAUGUGUUCACCGUAGCAAAACUUGUCGCCAUCGUCGUACUGAUCGGAUGCGGAAUCUAUCAGCUUUCUACCGGAGGAACACAAUACCUGGCCCAAGGAUUCGAGGGAUCGACUACGGAAUUUGGAACCCUGGCUACGGCCUUUUACGGAGGACUAUGGGCGUAUGAUGGAUGGAAUAACCUCAACUUUGUGACCGAAGAGAUCAAAAAUCCUUACGUCAACUUGCCACGAGCCAUCAUGAUUGGAAUUCCUUUGGUGGCAGUCUGCUACCUGUCAGUCAACGUGGCUUACCUCACUGUACUCAGUCCUAAGGCCCUGAUAAAUUCCGACGCCGUUGCCGUGGAAGUCGGUAAUUAUCUCCUGGGCCCUGUAGCCUUUUUCAUACCUCUAGCAGUGGCCAUGUCCACGUUUGGGGGUGUACUCACUGGCGCAUUUGCCACCGGAAGGUUGUGUUUUGCUACAGCAAGGGAAGGCCACAUGGUUGAUGUCUUGUCCUACGUUCAUGUUGAAAGUCGAAUUCCCUCACCAGCUCUCAUUUUUACGGCAAUUAUAGCUCUAAUACUAGUGGCCUCCAAGAAAAUCACUAGUUUGAUUGACUUUUUCACGUUCGCCGUCUGGAUUUUUUACGUCUUGGCGAUGAUCGUUUUGCUCAUUCUACGCAAAACAAAACCUGAUGCUCGAAGACCCUAUCGAGUUCCAUUGUUUGUUCCAAUUUUGACGAUUGUUAUUGGUUCGUACCUCAUUGUGGCACCGAUCGUGACCGACCCAGCUAUUGAGUACCUUUACGUCCUGGGCGUGCUGUUCAUUGGCGUCUUAGUUUACAUUCCCUUUGUUUACUACAAAUGCUCAGUGGGUUUCAUGGGACCUGUUACAAGAGUCGUUCAGUUAAUACUAAGCGUGGGCCCAACGCUGAAGCCGGCCGCUGACUAGACCUAUUGGAUUAUAAGCAGUGUACUCGUUUAUUUUCUGUACCUGUCGUCUGCUACAAGGUGCACUGAUUUAACACAGGUACGUCUUCCGAAAAUUGAGUGACUUUUCAUGUUCCGCUAGGGACACGCGAUACCGCAUCCAGGACACGGCCGACGUCUUGCAAACGACAACAAAAUACAUUCAGUUCUACAUUGAUUUUUUUCCCUUUUCGUUUUAACCGUUUUUCACAAAUCCUCUUAGCUGCAGAAUGGGAGGCGUAAACGAGCCGGUUACAAAGCAAUCCCCUAUUUAUUUUUUUAGUUUUACGAAGCACAAUAUAUUUUAGAAAAGCUAUUUCAAUUAUUUGAACGAUACGUUUUUUACAUGCAACUUUUCACAGUGGCAGGAAAACGUAAUUCUCGUGUCAAAGAGAUGCACGUCAAUGCCGUAUUUAGCCUUUCGCUUCUUAAGAAGCUCUGCAAAAAUGAGGAAAAACAUUUGAAAUCCAGUUAAGCCUUCUUCGUUGAUUUUUACAUUUCUUAUACGUUCUUCGGAAACUUAUUCAGUAUGCAUACUUACCUCAAUUCAAUAAACGGAUUUUGUUUCGUCGA